AUGGGGAUGGAAACCGAGUUAGGAAUCUGGCGGGAGCGCGAACCGGCCCUCCGAGGGAUCGGCGGAAACUCGGGCCCGCGGGCGGCCCCUCACCCGGGAAGAAUGCCGGCCCAACGCCCCAAGGUCCGGGUCACACCUGGGCUGGAAGACCAGAGAGUCGAUACACAUCCCUCGGGCCGGGCCCAGGCCACGCCCACCAGCGAGGACGCCAUCCGCCAGGCCCCGCCCACUUUGGACUCCCAGCAUCCCUCGGGCCGGGCCCAGGCCGCGCCACUCGGCGGUGACGUCAUCCGAUGGACCACGCCCGCUUUAGGCUCCCAGCAACCCUCAGGCCACGCCCGCCAAGUGAUGACGCCAUCCUCCAACCCCGCCUACUUCCGCAAGCCUCGGCCCCACGCCACGCCUAGAGGACUCAGCAGCAUCACCAUGACAUUCCUCAACCGCCGCCGCCAGCUGCGGCUCUGGCCCCCGGCCAGACCCCCAUCCCCCACCCCCAACAAUUAUGGGGUCCAAGCCGGGGCCUACUCCGUGAUUCGAAUUCAGAGCCUGGGCCUCCCCGUGGUCGGCUCACCGGCGGCCCGGCCUCUGGACGUCUACCUGGUUGGGCUCGUACUGGGCCCAAGGGGUCGGUUCCCACGGCGGAAGGCCCGGGACCCCAUGGGGGACCACUUGGGGGGUCUCGGGCGGGUCCUGGGGGGCCCCCGGGCACGUCUGCGGAGCGGCUGGAGCCUUCCGGGGGGCGGCCAGGGCCCGGCCCAUCCGGACCUCGCCCAGUCCCAGGCCCCGCCCACUUUCGACUCCCAGCAUCCCUCGGGCCGGGACGAUGCCCCGCCCACCCCAGACUCCCAACAUCGCCCGGGCUACGGCACUGCCACGCCCAUUCGGCCUGAGGGGAGCGCCCCCGCCCCGCCCUUCGUGUUCCCCGUGAGGCGCUCACUCUGCGCUCCACGCUCUGCUCAGCCCCACGCCACGCCUAGAGGACUCAGCAGCAUCACCAUGUCCUCCCCAGAACCUCUCUGGGACCCCUCCAGCCCCCCCAAAAGCCUCCCGGAGGUUUCCCAGUGCUCCCCAGAACCUCUCUGGGACCCCUCCAGCCCCCCCAAAAGCCUCCUGGAGUCCUCCCCAGAACCUCUCUGGGGCCCCUCCAGCCCCCCGAAAAGCCUCCCGGGGGUUUCCCAGUCCUCCCCAGAACCUCUCUGGGGCCCCUCCAGCCCCCCGAAAAGCCUCCUGGGGGUUUCCCAGUCCUCCCCAGAACCUCUCUGGGACCCCUCCAGCCCCCCCAGAAGCCUCCCGGGGGUUUCCCAGUCCUCCCCAGAACCUCUCUGGGACCCCUCCAGCCCCCCCAAAAGCCUCCCGGGGUCCUCCCCAGAACCUCUCUGGAACCCCUCCAGCCCCCCCAAAAGCCUCCCGGGGGUUUCCCAGUCCCCCCAGAACCUCCCUGGGACUCCCCCAGCCCCCCAAAACCACCCAAGAGGCCCCCCAGGAUCUUUCUGGGACCCCUCCCCAAACCCCCAGCUGGGCAGGAAGCGGCCCAAAAUCUGGGACUUCUGCCUGUGA